CUGCAGCACAUCCACGGCCUGCGCUGGAUGCGUUCCGCCCAGACGCUCCUGCGGUUCACUUGGUGCAGGCUGACCCCCAAAAAAGCUGGAGAGGGCCCUGUUGUCGAAUGAUAAGCGAGGAAACCGAUAGCUCGUGGCACAUGCGCUGCCUCGCUCCUCAAAUACCCUCCUUGAGUUCCCUCCCAAGCUUAAGACUUCCUCUACACUCCUCUUCGACCUUCACCACCUUCGACGAUCCUGCUCUCCUCCCUCGUCGCGGUCUUCUCUCCGCUCUUUAUCCUCAAUCGCAUCCAUCGCGAUUAAUUGUAUUACCUCUAGCCCUUUCCCCGCAAUCGUUUGUUACCACCCCCGCGCUGCGGACUGUAACCCACCUAUUCAUUUCUCGGAGCAGGAAGCAGAGCUUCUCUCCACCGCGCAGCCAUGGCGGAACCGGGUGCGACAGGCACGCACUCAGAUCCAUCCGAUAAUCCCAAUCACCUCAAUACCAAGAUCGAGUCGGGCAACUUCGACGAGAAGCACGAUGCCGCGCCGCCUGCCACGAAACCCGUUGAGGAAGACGAGGAAGACGAGGACAUGGACGCUCUGAUCGACGAGCUCGAGUCCCAAGAUGGCCAUGCCGAGGACGACGAGAACGAGGAGGAGGCCACUCCAGGCGGUGGACGCGUCGUUCCAGAGGACCAACUCCAGACCGAUACUCGCAUUGGUCUUACAGAAGCCGAAGUACACGCCCGUCGCAAGAAGUACGGUCUGAAUCAGAUGAAGGAAGAGAAGGAGAAUCUGUUUCUCAAGUUCUUGGGAUACUUCAUUGGCCCCAUUCAAUUCGUCAUGGAGGCUGCCGCUGUUCUUGCUGCAGGUCUCGAAGAUUGGGUCGAUUUCGGCGUCAUUUGCGCGCUGCUAUUGCUGAAUGCCGCGGUCGGUUUCAUCCAAGAAUUCCAAGCUGGUUCCAUUGUGGACGAGCUGAAGAAGACCCUUGCCCUGAAAGCUGUUGUGCUCCGUGACGGACGACUCUUUGAGGUCGAAGCUCCUGAAGUUGUUCCUGGUGAUAUUCUGCAAAUCGAAGAAGGUACUAUCAUUCCCGCAGAUGGCCGCAUUGUUACCGAUGAUGCUUUCCUCCAAGUCGAUCAAUCUGCCAUUACUGGCGAGUCCCUCGCAGUCGACAAACACAAGGGUGAUCAGUGUUAUGCCUCUUCUGGUGUCAAGCGUGGUGAGGCCUUCAUGGUCAUCACAGCCACCGGUGACAACACUUUCGUCGGUCGUGCCGCUGCUCUUGUGAACCAAGCUUCCGGUGGAACUGGUCAUUUCACGGAGGUCUUGAACGGCAUCGGAACGGUUCUUUUGAUCUUGGUCAUUUUCACCAACCUGAUUGUCUGGAUUUCGUCCUUCUACCGAUCUAACCCAAUUGUCCAAAUUCUCGAGUACACCUUGGCCAUCACCAUUAUUGGUGUCCCCGUCGGUCUCCCCGCCGUCGUCACCACCACCAUGGCUGUCGGUGCUGCUUAUCUCGCCAAGAAGAAGGCUAUCGUCCAGAAGCUAUCUGCCAUUGAGUCCCUGGCUGGUGUCGAAAUUCUCUGCUCUGACAAGACUGGUACUUUGACCAAGAACAAGCUCUCUCUCGCCGAGCCCUUCACCGUCCCAGGUGUUGAGCCUGAUGAUCUUAUGUUGACUGCCUGUCUCGCUGCCUCCCGCAAGAAGAAGGGUAUCGACGCUAUUGACAAGGCUUUCUUGAAGGCACUCCGAUUUUACCCUCGCGCAAAGUCGGUCCUCUCUAAGUACAAGGUUAUCGAAUUCCACCCCUUUGAUCCCGUCUCCAAGAAGGUCCAGGCAGUUGUCGAGUCACCGCAGGGUGAGCGUAUCAUCUGUGUGAAGGGAGCACCACUUUUCGUUUUGAAGACUGUCGAGGAAGACCACCCCAUUCCUGAAGAGAUCGACCAAGCCUACAAGAACAAGGUCGCCGAAUUCGCUACUCGUGGGUUCCGUUCUCUUGGUGUUGCGCGCAAGCGUGGUGAAGGCCAGUGGGAGAUUCUUGGUAUUAUGCCUUGCUCUGACCCUCCUCGUCAUGACACUGCCCGCACUAUCAACGAAGCCAAGACUCUCGGUCUUUCAAUCAAGAUGUUGACAGGUGAUGCUGUCGGUAUUGCUCGUGAAACUUCCCGCCAACUCGGUCUCGGUACCAACGUCUACAAUGCUGAGCGUCUUGGUCUCGGUGGUGGCGGAGAUAUGCCAGGCUCAGAGGUGUAUGAUUUCGUCGAAGCUGCUGAUGGAUUCGCCGAGGUUUUCCCCCAGCAUAAGUACAACGUCGUCGAGAUUCUGCAACAGCGUGGUUACCUGGUCGCCAUGACCGGUGACGGUGUCAAUGAUGCUCCUUCUCUCAAGAAGGCUGAUACUGGUAUUGCCGUCGAGGGUGCCUCUGAUGCAGCUCGAUCUGCCGCUGAUAUCGUCUUCUUGGCUCCUGGUCUCGGUGCUAUCAUCGAUGCUCUCAAGACUUCCCGACAAAUUUUCCACCGAAUGUACGCCUACGUUGUCUAUCGUAUCGCCUUGUCCAUCCACUUGGAAAUCUUCCUCGGUCUCUGGAUUGCCAUCUUGAACAGAUCUCUCAACAUCGAGUUGGUCGUCUUCAUCGCCAUUUUCGCAGAUGUCGCCACCCUGGCUAUUGCCUAUGAUAAUGCGCCGUUCUCCAAGACCCCCGUCAAGUGGAACUUGCCCAAGCUAUGGGGUAUGUCCAUCCUCCUCGGCAUUGUUCUCGCCAUUGGCACUUGGAUCACUCUCACAACCAUGAUCGCCCGUGGCCAGAACGGCGGUAUUGUCCAGAACUUUGGUGUUCUCGAUGAGGUCGUCUUCUUGGAAAUCUCUCUCACUGAGAACUGGCUGAUCUUUAUCACCCGUGCUAAUGGUCCUUUCUGGUCUUCGAUCCCUUCAUGGCAACUGUCCGGUGCUAUCUUGCUUGUCGAUCUUCUGGCAACCUUCUUCACCCUCUUCGGAUGGUUCCUUCACGGACACCAAACUUCCAUUGUGGCUGUCGUCCGCAUUUGGAUCUUCUCGUUCGGUAUUUUCUGCAUCAUGGGAGGCGUCUACUAUCUUCUCCAAGACAGUGUCGGCUUCGACAACCUCAUGCACGGAAAGUCGCCCAAGAAGAACCAAAAGCAACGAUCAUUAGAAGAUUUCGUCGUCUCGCUCCAACGUGUCUCCACCCAGCACGAAAAGUCCUCGUAAAAAUUGCAUGGAGCGCGUCUCGCACAUUGCCGAUGCGCGCCUGGUGAAGUGGCGUUUCUUAG